AUAAGAAUUUAAUUGCAUCAAAGUACAGAGGACAAUUUUAAAACUCUCACUGCAGUGUUUUCUUGCGCAUCUUGCACGCACUUUUUGGAAGAGCGAAGAAGAUGCUCGGUACUGCGUUUCCCAACUCUUCAACCCGACAAAUUGCGGAUAUAAUCUCUAUUAAAACGUAAUUUUGUGUAUGGAUUUGACAAUGCAACAUUACAUAACUCGGAUUAUUUUAUAUUAAUUCGCAUUGUAAUAUAACUACCCUGUGCCAAAAACUGGAGCAUCAUUCGCAUUAUCAGUGCUCAGUCUGCGUGCGGUUGUGAUCUCCGCAUCCCCCGACAUCAAGAGCUGACCUAGUUUUUAACACCCCAUAUUUGCGUAAUAUAAACAUCCAUCUGCCGUGAUGUCGGACUGCAGGCGACAGUGGAACCGGGAGGAUGAGCUCCCUGUGUACCUGGCUAAACCCAUCUCGACCGGACCCAACCAGCGACACAAGCAUCAUGGGAUGUUUUCCUCUGUUGAAGGGGCAUUUGAUAGUAAAACUAUAGAUUUUGAUCAGUACGCAGUGGGAAGGAAAGAAAACAGGACGCCGAGGAGCUGGAGCAGGGAGCGCAUUGUGGAUGGGGAUUGUGAAGCCAAUGAGAUCAGCGGCGGGUCCAUCAGCAACUCUCCGGGCGAGAUAGACGACGGCCGCUCGGGUGUCGAAGACACCGCUCAGACGGGACCAGAAAUUCUGGGUGAAAACGAUAUGAAGAGUGAGCGAUUGCUGAUUAAAGGUGGUAGGGUGGUUAAUGAUGAUCAAUCGCUCUUUGCGGAUGUCUAUGUUGAAGAUGGACUUAUUAAACAGGUUGGAGAGAACCUAAUUGUGCCUGGUGGUGUGAAGGUCAUUGAGGCUAAUGGGUGUAUGGUGAUACCUGGUGGCAUUGAUGUGAACACCUGCUUGCUUAAGCCUUACCUAGGCACCCCACCAAUAGAUGACUUCUACCAGGGUACCAAAGCUGCUCUGGCAGGAGGCACCACCAUGAUCAUUGACCAUGUGAGUCCACAGCCAGGCGAAAGUCUAUUGGAGGCCUUUGAGAAGUGGCAGGAAGCGGCCGAUAAGAAGUCCUGCUGUGAUUAUUCACUACAUGUGGAUAUCCCAGAGUGGCAUGAGGGUGUAAAGGAGGAGCUGGAACAGCUGGUACAGGACAAAGGAAUUAACUCUUUCCAAGUGUACAUGGCUUAUAAAGACUUAUUCCAAAUGACUGAUUCUCAGUUGUAUGAAGCAUUCUUAUACAUUAAAGGUUUGGGUGCUGUAGCGAUGGUCCAUGCAGAGAAUGGAGACCUUAUAGCAAAGGAACAAAACAAAAUUCUGGGAAUGGGCAUCACUGGUCCAGAGGGCCACCCGCUGAGCCGCCCGGAAGAGCUGGAGGCGGAGGCUGUUUUCCGCGCCAUCACCCUUGGCAACCAAGUCAAUUGCCCUGUCUACAUCACCAAAGUGAUGAGUAAAAGCGCAGCUGAGACCGUGUCCCAAGCGCGGAAGAAAGGUUCUGUUGUAUUUGGUGAGCCAAUUACAGCCAGCUUGGCAACAGAUGGGUCACAUUACUGGAGCAAAAACUGGGCGAAAGCAGCAGCUUAUGUGACCUCUCCACCCCUCAGCCCGGACCCGACUACACCCGAUCACCUUCACUCACUGCUUGCCUGUGGGGACCUGCAGGUCGUGGGUAGUGGCCACUGUGCUUACAGUACUUCCCAAAAGGCCAUAGGAAAAGACAACUUUACCCUUAUACCCGAGGGAACCAAUGGAGUGCAGGAGAGAAUGGGUUUUGUUUGGGACAAAGCUGUGGCCAUGGGGAAAAUGGAUGAAAACCAGUUUGUUGCAGUUACGAGCACCAAUGCAGCCAAAAUCUUCAACCUGUACCCACGCAAGGGUCGGAUAGCAGUGGGUUCGGACGCUGACAUUGUUAUCUGGGACCCUGACAAUAUAAAGACCAUCACAGCUAAAGCACAGCUGUCGGCUCUAGAAUAUAAUAUUUUUGAGGGAAUGGAGUGUCGUGGUGGUCCCAUGUAUGUGGUCAGUCAGGGCAGGAUUGCAUUUGAGGAUGGGAAACUUCAGGUUUCGCAGGGGACUGGACGCUACAUCUCCCGCAAACCCUUCCCUGACUAUGCCUUCCAACGCAUUAAGAUCCGUGACAAGGCGAUAAGCAAGCAGGGAGUGUCUCGUGGGAUGUACGACGGUCCAGUGUACGAUAUCCCAGCAACACCCAAAUAUAUAACCCCAGCACCCUCUGCCAAGACCUCCCCCACUUCACACCAGCCUCCACCAAUCAGAAACUUGCAUCAGUCUAACUUCAGCCUAUCAGGGGCUCAAAUUGAUGACAGCGUUCCUCGACGCUCUGGGCACCGUAUUGUAGCACCCCCAGGUGGUCGCUCUAAUAUCACCAGCCUUGGUUAAAACUUCAGUAGCUCCCAAGUGUGUAUGUGUGUGCGUAUGUGUGUGUGUGUGGGGUGCAGGCUCUGAUUUUGCCAAGUGGUUGAUGUCCUCAGGAAAACAUUAUGUUGACCCUGAGACAACAUUUCAAUCAACCAAUCAUAUUUCAGAAAUAAGUUUCAAGUUUAAACUUACAACCAGGAUUUGCUGCUUCUAGACCAUUGUUAUCACUUAUCAUUUCCUUGUCAUUUUAGGGUUCAGUUAUGGUAAGGUUAGGGUUUGGGGUGAGUUUAGGUUUUAUUUACAAAAAUGUUGUCCUUGGGUCGACACAAUAAGUUGCCCCGAGUAACUUGCCAUCUCUUACUUGGUAAAAUCAGGUCAAGCGUGUGUGCAUGUGUGGCAUAACCAUCAGUAUUGUCCUCACACAGUGAAUGGACGUUUUUGUGUACCUUUAACUCAUGCAUGUAAAAUUAUAGUCUAUAUUCUGUGUGAUCACCGUAUCAUAUAUGUGCAGUGAAUGCCCCUUACACAGUGCAUAUUGCUGUUCACAUUGUAUACAAUGAUAAACUCACUGAUAAAGACAAAUAUCUAGAGAUUAAAUAUAGCUAGACAAUCACCAAAAUACUCUAUAUCCAUAACAACUCAAGUAGCAUUUUAAACAGUGUUGAAAUAACUGAUCACAUUUAUGACUUAGUGACUGACAUGCUCAUUGAUGUGACCCCAGUGUUUGUGAUAUAGUGUUAAAAAUGUCUCGUGAAACCUAGCGUUAGUAAUCCCUAUCGCUAGUUAUUUUACAAAAUGGUGCUUCUACUACAAGUGACAAAGCUCUUAACUGGUUAUAGUGAAAAGUGCUUUAAAAUGCAGAUCUGAGGUCAUGGUUGGCAUGGUUGUACCGCUAAUAAGUGCACCAUAAAACUGAACCGGUAGCUGGCGUUGCAAGCACUUUUACUUUGCUGUUCUCUGUGCACUGAAGUAUUUUUUAUUUUGUGUUUUUGUGUAAUUUUGUGGUAAUGGAUGGUGAUGGAUUGCAUGAUUUUACUUUUAGAUGUUGAAACUCGACUCAUACUCCCUCUUUAUACUUUGAAAGACCCUAUUAGAUUAGAUAUAUAAUUUUAAAAGUUUGACAUUCUUAGCUUUAAAAAAAUUUUGCAUGUUAAGUUUGACUUAAAGUUUGCAUUACUCCUUGUAGAUUUUGUUUAUCUGCAAAUUUAGUUGAGUGCUGUGCAAUAAACAUCUAUUAGAACUAACAGUACACUGUUUGAAAAAAAUGUCCCUAUAGCUGUCACUGGGGCGGUACCCUUUUUAAAAGCACACAAUUGCACAUAAAGAGUGUACCUCAGAGGUACAUAUUGGUACCUAAUGUACAUAUAUUAGGACCCUUUAAGGGUACUGCCCCAGUGACCGCUAGGGACCAUUUUUUACCUUUUAUUGUACAAAUUGCACAUUUAGAGAAUCUCAUGUUUAUUGAUAAUGUCUUGAAAGACAAUAAUGCUUAAUGUUUUUUUUUUUUGUAAAGUAUGUGGUCAGAAAAAAACAUUUUGCGAUAAACUCUAUAGUAUGUCACGUGAAAAUGAACUGAUCCUACAGCGUUACUUGGCAAGCAUUUAGCAGUUUAUCCACGGCUUGGACUGGCACUGCCUGAGCUAUUGACUUUACCUCAGUACCAAACAUGCAAAAGCACUCCUAUAUGCAAGAUUUUUAUUUCUCUGUAUUAUCAUCUCGUACAGCAAAUAAGCAAGUUUAAAAUAACUAGGGAAAAUGCUUGUGUUUUACUGAGUGUGCCUGCAUUUAUUCUGCUGUGAACGUUAUUUCUCCAUUAUACCACGGGUCUGUUGAAUGCUGUAUUCUGAUUGGCUGAGAAAUGUUCCGUAGGUAUGCAUUAAUUUCUGAUAACAGCACACCUAACAUGUCAAAUGUCUUAAAAAUAGGCACCAGAGCAAUGUUUGUGGUAAUCGUGGUAUAAGAGGAAUACUUGACUCCGGUCCUUUGAAUUAUUUGAAAAUAAUGCACCGCGGGUGUGCAUUAUUUUCUUAUAAUUCAAAGGCCCGUCGUCAAUUAUUCCUUACUUAAACAGUAUUUCUCCAUUUUGCCAAGUCACUGUGUAAGCUAAAUGUUAAAAUAAUGAUCAAAUACAGCUUCUAAUGUGUUCAAUACAAGGCCAUUUUCAAGCCUUCUGUGUUAAUUUAUCUGUUCUCUUGUGAUUUUGUAUUACCUAUGAUAUUUAUAGUGUUUAUAACCAAUGCGAUUUCAGUUUCUGUAGGCUGAAAUCCACUGUUGCACUCAUUGACUGUUGCUAAUGACAUUCACUUUGCUAUGGUGAAAUAAAGUCCAUGAAUAGA